GCAGUGUGACGACUCUCUUGGCCUCGAGGUCCCGUUCGAGACAGGCUUUUUCGCCAAACUUCAUCGAACACAAGUAACGGCGAGGGAGAGGAUACAUCGGAUUCAACAUGGGGAGGUUCGCGAUACUUGGAAUCGCGAGUUGUCUUCUGCUUGUGCUGCUGGGCUCCAGCUACGCCGAGAGCGAGCAGCUUGCGGAGGAUGACUCCGUUCUCGUCGAAGCUCUGCCGGACUCCGAGUUGACCGGGCUAACAGCGUCCCGCCGUGCUUCCCGUCAGCUGUUCAGCCAACGAGGGCCCUGCCUCACGUCCAAAGGCGCAGUGGGCAAGUGCACGACCUUCAAGGAGUGCUACCCCUACUUCAAGAUCCCCGAUCUAGGCGCACUCGACGGCUGGGUCCUGGGCAUCUACGACACCUGCAGCUACACCCAGAGCGACGGUCGUCUCGGCUUCGGCAUCUGCUGCGCCGAUCUACCCGUUCUGCCACCGGUCAACGAGGCACCGCCCGUGGAUGACCCCGCUGGUGGACCCAUCAUCGAGGAACCCGAUAACGAGGACGACACGAAGGCAGGUCGUCUGCCAGGUGAGGGUUCCUGGCCACCACCUCUCCCGACUCACCCACCGUAUCACACGAUCCCACCGCUACCGACCCAUCCACCGGGUCACCCAGGCGCCGCGGCCGGAGCAUCGACCCCCAAGCCACCAAAGGUAACGGGCUUCCCCACGACUCAGCGACCUCUGCAGACCACUUGGCCGACCAAGCGACCGGGUGUUCCGACCCCGGCACCCGUCGCUCCCGCGGCGACCAGCGCUCCGCCAUCGUUCAACGCUGCCUGCGGCGCCAAGAACGGACCUCAGGACGACAAGAGAAUCGUCGGAGGCCACCCGACCGUCCAGGGCGAAUGGCCCUGGAUCGCCGGACUCUUUAACGCCGGCAGACACAUCUGCGGCGGUUCGCUCAUCGACGAGAUACACGUUCUCACGGCCGCUCACUGCGUCGCUCAAAUGAACUCUUGGGACGUGGCUCGUCUCACGGUCCGACUGGGCGACUACGACAUCAAGACACCCCACGAAGUACGACACGUCGAGAAGCGCGUGAAGCGAGUGGUGCGUCACCGCGGCUUCGACAUGCGUACCCUCUACAACGACGUCGCCAUCCUCACCCUCAACGAACCGGUCGAAUUCAGCGAGACCAUCAGGCCGGUAUGCCUGCCGUCAGGUGCCAACCUCUACACCGGCAAACAGGCCGUCGUUAUCGGCUGGGGAUCGCUCAGGGAGGGCGGUCCAGCUCCAGGUAAACUGCAACAGGUGAGUAUCAAGAUCUGGUCGAACGCCAUUUGCAAGCAGAAGUACGGAGGAGCCGCUCCCGGUGGAAUCGUCGACAGCUUCCUCUGCGCCGGAGAAGCAGCCAGGGAUUCUUGUUCCGGCGACAGCGGCGGCCCUCUGAUGGUGAACGACGGCCGCUGGACCCAAGUGGGUAUCGUCAGCUGGGGAAUCGGCUGCGGCAAAGGACAGUAUCCGGGCGUGUACACGCGUGUCACGCACUUUUUGCCCUGGAUCUACAAGAAUCUCAAGUAAAAUCGCUCCUUUCCCCUAUCCACUUAUUCCUCUCUUUAUCCUUACUCGAUCCAAACGCAAUGAAUACUAGUAGAGGCGCCUCCUUUUCCUUCGGAUCGACGACAUAUACGCAUGUGCCGAAAGGGAAACGAACUCUACGCUCUCGGAUCGUAAGGAUGACCAGAUCUCUGAACGCUUUGUAUUUUUUAAGUAGUUUGUAGACGCGACGUUUUUUUUUUUUUUUUGCUGCUACUGACGCGGAUGAAAAAAAAACGAGGAACUCGCCAAAUUAUUUGAUAAAAUUUACAACCCUUCGUGUUUAAAUUAUAAGUACGCUCUCGCAUAUAAAAAUAAGGUUAGCAAGUGUUUGAAAUUUCUUUCGACUAGAUAAAUCGAUUAGCAGCUAUCGACGUUUAGAUAUGUUGUAAGAUAAUGCGCGCUGACAGAAGAAAAAUCAAGUUUCAUUCUCACGUCUAUACUCGUAUAUUAUAGUAAUGAUUCCAUCGUCAUUAUUUUAUGUAACUCUUUUAAUAAUAAAACGUUUUCAAAAAUCA